GACCUGUGAUCGGGUCGGUAGUCAAACUUAGCUAAAGGCCCAGCCACAUUUUCAUUUAUCCGUAAAGGGAGCCUCGGAUCCUUGUAGAGAGUUGCAUUCACAAGCCAAGCAUAGACGAAAAAGUUAAGUAAACUAGAGAAAAAUGCAAGAAGCAAAGGUAGGCAAUGACUCUGAAACAACUAGCCGCAACACAGGCCCGGAAGAGGACUGCGUUCAUCCUGAGACGGAACUAGGCCCCCGUCCGUCAGAAACCCCGCAAGAGGAUACCCCUGCAUCCAUUGCUGAUCAGUCUCCAGAAUCUACAGACCCUUCCCAGAAUUCAUCGCCUAGAGCAACCUUUGUUGAGGGCGUGGGAGAACCCCCAGCUGGUACCAACAUUGUAGCACCUGGGGAUGCCCACACUGAAGUAUAUGCAGAGCGCCGGGACGAGGAAACCAAAUCCCCAAUCUCGGAACCUGAAGCUGUCGAACCGGCCAAUGACGGCGCAGAUCCUACCACCAUCAUCCAGCCAUCGUCUGAAACUCUUCAACCCAAAACCAAGCUGUUGACUGAGGCCUCCAAUCUGACUCUUGCGACUGCAAAGGAUGUUUCAGCCUCGGACUACGAUGUGACCGGAAACAAAGCAAGGCUCUCCAAAACUGAUUCUGGUGGAUCUGGAGCACAAUCCCAGAAAUCAGGUGGUCAGAGCCACACCAAAAAGUCACUGUUUGGCAAGCUCUCUACAAGGGGGCAGCAAGACACAAGGCGCUCAUCGCCCCAGGGCACGGAAGAAGUGGACGUGGAGCGGGGAGGAGGACAAGGAGCUAUGGGUUUCUUCUCCCCUUCGCGCCAAGGAGUCUCGGGCCGCCCAGGUAGCAUUGGAACGGGCGACGAGGAGAUUUUGAGCGAUGAAAGCAGGCUGCGUCGACGGCACAGAGAGAUUAUUGAAGAAGAACGAAACAUGUCCCAUCGACAGUGCGUCAUCUGCGUGGUUUUCAUCGUGCUGCUCUUUGGUGGUGUGGGGCUCAGUGUGGGCCUGCAGAUACGCCGAACGAGCGCUUAGCUGGCUACUGCCAUGCAGGGGGGACAGCAAGGUGCAAAGCAGUUGGCACAGAGACGCAAUAAUGGCCACAAAACUUUGUGGGCAAACUGCACUUUGUGAGACCCUCCAACUAAGAUGGAUCUGAGGCAGCAACAAGAAUCACUGGGAAGAAGUCCAAGCGUGCUGCCUUCCUUCGGACUGGCAGCUACAUCGUACAUGGUACCUGUCACAAAGGGAAACUGAUUGCAUUUCCUGCUUUCUUAAACGAAGGUGAGCCACAAGCUCGAGUUCCCCGCCCGUCUAAGUUCACGCCAAGCUGCUUCAGAGGAGCAUGGCCCAUUGCAAGCUACUUUGAAUGCCAAACUGCUAUGGGCUCCAUGGCAUCUUCCGUAAGUUCUGUUAUCAAGCUUCAAAAAUCUGAAACGAGGCAUUCCGUGGAUAAAGAGUGUGCCAUAAUGUUUUGGGUGGCUGGCGUUGAACUGGGAAGACACUCGGCACUGGGAAAAAGGCGCCUCGGAAAAGUGAAAGCAACCCAUUAAAAAUGCACCACCAAUACCCUCCUCUUCAUAACCAAGCAAGACAACAAUAUCCAACAAACCGUCAAUUGCAAUGUGUACAGUAAUCUCACUACGUCCACUAACAUGCCUGACCGGGCUUCACUCCAUAAACUGCGCAACGCAAUCGACAAGCAUAAUUUUGUGGCAAGGCCUCCUCCUCCAGUGCCCAACGUCCAGUGAAGCCUUUGAUGUGCUAUUCCACUGGAGAUAUAAUUCAUAAGACGAAAUAGAACUGCAGCUUUGCGAAGAUAGAAGUGGAUGCGUCUCUUAGCCAGAUGGAUUUCUACCGCUUUCGGCAAU